AUGGAGGAGGACAGCGGCAGCAGUGUCCAAGCAGGUGGCAGCGAACAAGACUUGAACUCAUCAGUGAAGCAUCUCAUGCGCGACCCUCCUGAGUUUUGUUGUCCGAUCUCUCAUGCCCUGAUGGAAGAUCCAGUGGUUGCAGCUGAUGGAAACCAUUAUGACAGAUCUUGCAUCAUGAAAUGCUUCGAGAAGAGCAAGCGAAGUCCUACUACGGGAGUGACAAUGGACACAACCGUGCUCCACCCCAGUCAGCGCAUGAAGUCCAGCAUCAUCGCAUACAAGGAGAAGAUCGUCGCGGAGGUCUUGUCGGUGGCCUCACGCCUGUCCAAAAAGGACGCGCUGGAAGUGCUCUUGAGAGGUGAGCAGUUUGUCCGACCAUGCUUGCCAGAUGCUUCUGCAAAGAAGAAGUUGUCUUCACUUCUGCUCCUUCGUGUGAAGAUGGUUCCUGGUACGAAGUGCAGCGAGGUAAUUGAAGAACUUCUUCCGCUGCUCCUGGAGAUGAAAGAUGCGCUGCAGCUUAAGGUUUUGCUGCCUCUUCUCAACGAACCUGAAGCACUAGCCUUGCUUUCGAAGGCUAAUGAUGAGCUCGUAGACUCCUUGCGUGGCCCUGGGCCCCACAAUUUUCUGGUCAACCAGGAGCUCGUUCGCCGAAUUGCAAGCUCCUUGGUGACAGAUGUGGAAGAUGUAAAAAUGAAGCACCUGUGGGACUUAAUUUGCCAAAAUGUCAAGGAUGAUGAAGAGUGCUGGAUGGAGGCAGCAUCUUUGGUACUUGCAACUUUCAAUGAUAGGCUAACAGCAAAACUGGAAGAGCUUGAAAUGGAACUCCUUCGACAGUCUUGUGGCUACCUCUUCGACAAAGAGAAUGCAAUGUCUUUUGCUGCCGACUUCUUCCAGAGUGACCUUGGCAUUUCCGCCAUGGAAUCAUGGUCUGCUGACCUGGGUGAGAAAUACAAGGAUCUGCUUGAUAAGUACAAUGAGCUAAAAGGUGAGUGCCAAGAGCUAAGAGACAAGUGCAACGCACCUCAAAAGCCUUGUGAAGCGCCCAUCAUGUCUUUGAAGUGGGAUUUGUCGACCUACGACUUCACCAACUUCACCGAAGAUCAGGAGCAGCUCAGCGAUGAGUUCCAGCUCGGGGCGUCCGGCGUCGAGGCCUGGCUCGAGUUGCAUCCCAAGGCUUCGCCAGAUAAGGCCUCUCUGUAUCUUCACGUCAGCGAGCCCGUCUGGGCGAAGUGGCGAUGUCAAGUGGGCAGUUGGGAAGACACUACGGAGUGGGAAUUUGCCAAAGAGGCAGACGGCAGCUUGAACGGCUAUGGUUUUGAAGAAGCAAUCCCCUUUUCGGACCUCGCUUCGGGCAUCGCCUUCGAUCUGCUGAGCGUCCGCCGCGCCGGGUCCUCCUUGCGGUUGGUCGCUCCGGGCUCUUUGCCGGGUUUGUGCCGGUUUAGACUCCGACGAGGGUCCAACGCAUGUGCCGCAGGCGGAGGACCGGCUGUGGGGAGGAGGCCCAGCAUGGAGGAUCUAGCCGAGCAGGAGGAGCAGGCCCUGGCAGAGCUAGGAUGGACUGUGACGAGGUUAGCAACUUUGAAAGGCUGCAAGUUGAAGGUCCUGGAUUCCAUCCUAGAGUUGAAGGGAGACUUCGGACAAGAUGUUGCAGGACUACGGGAGACAAGUGCGACAACAGGUCCAACUCCGGUUUGGCCAGUCUUUGUCCCUUGGGUUGGGGUCAAUGCUAUGGGUUGCAUGGUCAUGGCCAAUGCCAUGGCACACUACCAGGUUGAGGUGUGCAAGAAAGCACAGCAACUUGCUCAGGCCCGUGGUGCACCAAACAAUGAGACCUGCGUGGUGGGCUGCUGUUGUUCGCGGUGCAUUGGCAUUCCAGCAGCGUUUCGUCCAACAAGUGCGGAAGCUGUUGAAGCAAGUCAGGAGGCCAUAGAGGUUGACAGCUUGAGCUCCAAGAAAGACGAGAAGGAGGAAGAUGUUGCUUCCACCACCUCAAUGUCAUCAGAUGAAUCUUUGGACCUGGAAGUGCCCUUUCCUCCAUCAUGGCAGACCCAUGCGAAGAAGCAACUCACUUGGUGUACUCGGGAUUUUCGUUUGCGUGCAGGCCUUCCUUACAACAAGGUGAACCGGACCAUCGUUUGUUCAAAGCUACAUUCGGACACCAGCGCCAUUGAUGUGCAGCAGGCUUUCGAGCAACGUUUCCGUGCUAUGCCAGACUUCAGGCACAUGUACUUCAAGAAAGGCUUCACUUCCUGCGCAGUGCUGCACGUCAACAUCACUGGCUUUGAUACCUCACAUCCAUAUGCCUUCGUGCUGGUCCUUGAUGAGACUGUUGCUCGAACAGCUCUUUUGUUCGAUGGCAUGGAGAUUUGCGGUUGUGCGGUCCAACUGCGUCGCCCUCACGAAUACUGCAGCCCCCCGGAUGGAGACUCUGGUGCUACUGCGCCAGUGCUGGAUGUGUCGGUCCUACAUCGGAUCGGCAUGCUGAGUUCAAAGAGGGAGACCCAUGGCAUGCCGAUGCAUGACAUGCAUGCUUCUCUUCCCGUGGAAAGCACCCAUCUACCACCGCGGCCUCCUCCAGGAAUUCGCCCUGCAGGAGCUACUCCCAAGUUUGCUCUUCAGCCGAUGAUGCGAGGGUUGCGGCAUUUGUACAUCGGAAACUUGCCUGUGGGGCACAGGAGCUUGCAGGAUGUCACAGAGUUGGUGACCUGUCUUUGCACUGAGCUAGUCUCGUACAGCAAGGAUCUAGGCCCUGCUAUGGUGGAUGCUGCAGAAGUGCAAGGGGGCUGGGUGGUGGAAAUGCAAAGCCCUGAGUUGGCAUUGGAUGCUCAAAACUGCUUGCGGCAGACGGUCUUGGCUGACACGCAUCUCUCGGUGUACCUCACCUUCUCCACGAGAUAA